GGAUUUUUCUAGCGAAUUGAGCCUCAUCGUCAUUGACCUGUGAAGAUUCAAAUUUUGGUCUUCAUUUUCAACCCGAUUUCGCAAGAGCUUUCGAGAGCUGGGAAGUCUGAGAGCACCGUAACUCGAUUAGCUCUUCCACCACCGAAACCACUAUCUUCGAGUGUCUAUCAUUCGUUAAUUUAUUCAGUAAAUCUGAAGAAUUGGCUCCCGUGACCUAGAAAGUACAAGGGAAGCGGCAAACGGGAAUCGGGAAUCCCGCCUCAAACACCUAGGGAUUGCACACUCGUUCAAGCAUGGCACAAACAGAACCGUCAAAAUCUAUUCAAGAACGAAUAGAAGCAUGGGGAAAUUCCUCCUUAGCGCCCACGGGCCUCGCAACCCUCUUGACGGCCUUGCAUUUCCGUCCAUUCCAAGUCCGGCCUAUGCUUUUCGUGCCUGCUCUGCUCUUCUGUAGCUACUCGAACUUGCAAGGCUUUAAAAUAGACAGUGCCGGCAUGACAGCUGCGGCCAGCGGUACGUAUGCUCUGAUAGCUAUGAGAAGGCGACCAACUACCUUCAUGAGUCGUUUCUCCGCCAGAGGUAUCGUAAGAGGUGCCGCUGUUGGUCUAGGAUUCGCCAACGCGGUCGCUGGUGGCUGGGUAUAUGCUAAUGGCGAUCGUGAGAAGGAAAAGGAGGAGAGGAAGAAUAACCCUCGAUGGGUUGAGUAGACCAAGUCACUGGCAUGAUAUGGCAUAAUAUAACAUAAUGCAAGACCUAUUAAAAAGAUACAGCAUAUACGAUUCACAGAUGUCACAUUAUUG